AUGCCUGACAUUGAAACUGUCCAAGAAGCAGAGGAGGCAUCAUACAGAUACAUGGCAAGACCAGUGGAUGUCAGCCAGUUGAUUGCUGGCAUGAACAAGAAGAAUGGGCCAGAUAAGGAUACUUUGGGUAAAAUUAAGAAACCCAAAUUUUUGAGCAAACAAGAAAGGCUCAAACAAGAAGACCUUAAAGAGAAUAAAGAAGAGUUGAAGCUUAAAAAAAAGAUCCUUCCUGUAAAGGUUGAACAGGAAAACGAUGAAGACGAUACUCGACUCAAUGAAGAAAAUGAAAAGAAGGAUAGUCUGUCAAAACAAAGUGGUUCUAAAUUUCAAUUUUCGUGGAAUGAAGGCGAAGAUACUUUAGCGGGUUAUAAUCCUAUUGUUUCGGCUAAAGUUAGUGCUUUACUCCGGAGGGGACAGAUUUCAAAGGUUGCUUUAGAAUCUUCCUAUAUGGGGAAGCAUUGGACCGAGAAGUCUUUGAGCGAAAUGAAUGGAAGAGAUUGGAGAAUACUGAGAGAAGACUUUGCAAUUGUUACGAAGGGCGGAGCAGUAGAAAAUCCAAUGAGGGACUGGGAAGAACUUAAUAUCAUACCGAGAGACUUGCUGCAUAUUGUUAUACAUCAAUUGCAAUUUCCUUUGCCAACACCUAUUCAAAGGAUUACUAUUCCCAACGUUUGCAAUGCAAAGCAGUAUAGAGAUUUUCUUGGAGUUGCGUCUACAGGUUCUGGUAAGACUUUAGCCUUUAUUAUACCGGUUUUGAUCAGGAUGAGUAGAUCGUCUCCAAGACCAACGUCAUUAAAGAUCAUGGAUGGCCCCAAAGCUUUAAUCCUGGCACCAACAAGAGAAUUAGUACAACAAAUUCAAGUAGAAGCUGAAAAGGUUACAAAAAUAUGGUCCAGAGAGAGCAAUUAUGACUGCCGAGUUGUUUCUAUUGUUGGUGGACACUCAUUGGAGGAAAUUUCAUAUUCUCUAUCAGAAGGUUGUGAUAUCCUGGUGGCUACGCCUGGGCGUUUGAUCGAUUCUUUAGAAAACCAUUUAUUGGUGAUGAAGCAAGUGGAGACACUGGUGUUAGACGAAGCCGAUAAAAUGAUCGAUUUAGGUUUUGAAGACCAAGUAACGACCAUCUUAACUAAAGUUGACGUAAGUGCUGAUUCCGCGACCAAUAGACAAACCUUGAUGUUCACAGCUACGAUGACUCCAGUUAUAGAAAAAAUUGCUGCAGGAUAUAUGAGAAAGCCUGUCUAUGCCACCAUUGGUGUAGAUACAGGAUCUGAACCUCUGAUACAACAAAUCGUAGAAUAUGCAGACAACGAAGAACAGAAAUUCAAAAAGUUGAAGUCGAUUGUUACUAAAUACGAACCGCCCAUAAUUAUAUUCAUUAAUUACAAACAAACAGCCGAUUGGCUGGCAGAAAGAUUUCAAAAGGAAACUAACAUGAGGGUGACCAUUUUACAUGGUUCCAAAUCGCAGGAGCAACGAGAGCAUUCGCUGCAAUUAUUUCGUAGUGGCAGAGUUCAAGUUAUGAUUGCAACGAACGUUGCUGCGAGAGGGUUAGAUAUUCCUAAUGUUUCAUUGGUAGUCAAUUUUCAGAUCUCCAAAAAAAUAGACGAUUACAUUCAUAGAAUCGGUAGGACUGGUCGUGCUGCAAAGAAAGGUACUGCCAUAUCUCUUGUUGAUGGUGCUGAAGAUGAAACGUUAAUGCGUGAACUUUACAAGUACGUAAAAAAACACGAUCCUCUAGAUAACAAUAUCUUUUCCGGUGGCGCAAAAAACAAAUAUAACAUCAAUAAAGAGCAAAAAAAUGAGAUUAUAUAUUAG